AUGGUGUCAACUAAGGCCAUAGCCGCCAGGCAGUUGGCUCUUAUAAAGUUACCAAUCAUGCAAGCUGACCAAGGAUCUAGCACAGUGUGUGAGGGCGGCCAGUGGAUCUGCCUGCCAGUAAAGAGACGUGGAGGAUGGCCUAAAGGAAGGAAAAGGAAACCAGAAAUUCCUGGCGCUAAACCUCCUAAAGCUCCUCAAACUGCCUAUGUCCUUUUUCUGGCUGAUAGACGCAAGUUUUAUGAUCCCCGCAAAUACAGCUUUGGAGAGAUUACCAAACUUGUAGCAGCUGAAUGGAACUGUCUAGCUCAGCCUCAACGAGAUGUAUACGAGAGGCGCUGUGAGCAAGAGAAGAACAGAUACCGCAAUGAACUCCAAGCGUACAGGCAAAGCCAUGAUUUUCAGCUCAUCAUGCGAAAAAAACGACUGAAGCGAGCCUUGAGUGGGAGAAACCCUGAGGACUCUUCUGACUGCACUGAUGGGCCAGAG